UGCUCCUAAUGCGCUCGGUAAAAUGAGCAAUCCCAUAAGCCGUUAUACGAAUUAACGAUGAAAUGUAUCGGAAGAUAAAUAAUAAAUUAGGGUCAUAACUAUUAGUGAUCUGGAAGCCAACACACGUAUAUUUAUUCUAUAAAUCUAUAUCAAACUCCGAAGUAUACCGUGAAGUGUGAAAACAUAAAAACUGGCGACGAGGAAAAGUGUCUCUCAUACGGAAUAAUCCCUGUAGCAAGGAAAUUUCAGAGUGAGCUGAAAAUCUUCCCCGCUCCCACCGAUUUGGCCAUUUUACAUUCUGCCGUGGGACCAUUGUUCGAAAUCGCAAUAAUUGUCAUCAUUCGCGAGAAUUGGCUACUCACAACACUGAGAUACCAUUUGACAAGUGAUCAGCGGAGAGUGUGUUACCAUUCGUGUGAGCAGAGAACUUCAGAGCGUGAGCUAGUGUUGGGAGAAACGGGAGAAACGUCAGGCUGGAGAAAAUAUUUCUCGCUGUGACUGAGUGAGUUGUGAGAAAGGCUUCACUGGCUGUGUCUCACUCACCAAUGUAAACAACAACAGUUAGUGGAUAAGUGCAACUGUUUGGGUUCUAAUAUCGAUAAAAACUAAAAGAGAGUAUCAAGUGAGUUUUGUUUUCCGUUGUUUGCAAAUUUUGCAACAUGCCUUCAUUCGGAACGCUAGACCAUUACGUGCAAGGUACGUCCUUUACGAAUUAUGUGGAGCGUUUAGAGCAUCUUAGCUCUUUUAACGGAUGGACGGAAGAGAACAAGAAAUCGGUUUUGAUAGCUCUUACUGGCUCUGUUGUUUACGAUGAACUCAAACUUAUUUUUCCGACUGUUGAGCUCGCGACUUUGAAAUAUGAAGAUAUGGUAAAAAAAUUGAAGGAACGUUUUGACAAAGUUGACCCCGAUAUGAUGCAGCGGUUCUAUUUCUACAAUCGGUUUCAGAAAGUGGAUGAAUCUGCUGAGAGUUUUAUUUUGUCGGUGAAGAUGCAAGCAGAGCUUUGCAAUUUUCAACAAUUUAAGGAAACGGCAAUUAGGGAUCGUCUAAUUAUGGGAUUGCACGAUCGGGAGUUGCAGAAAUCUUUACUUAUGUCUGAAACUUUGACACUGGACGUGAUAGAAAAGAAGUUGCUUAGCAGUGAAUUAGCAAAGAAACAAACUAAGGCAAUGAGUAGUGAAUACAGAAAAGAAGAAGUGCAUUCGGUUAAAAACAGACUAGGGAAAAAGUAUGGAGAAAGUAGCAGAGAAUAUAAUCGUGAUAAGCCGUACAGAGGCAGAAUAACUUACGGGAAUGAUAGGCGUGUUAGUUUUAGAAAUAGAUCUCCGUCUGAAGCGAGGAAUAGUAGUGGUUACACUAAUGCAAUUUGUAAUUAUUGCAAGAAGCGCGGUCAUCUGAGGAGAGAUUGUUACAGUUUAAGAAAUCGGAACAAUGUGCACCAUGUAGAAAAAGAAGAAAAGGACUCGAGUUAUGAUUUUAAAAGAUCAACUGGUGGUUGUAAUAGCUCUGGUGAUGAAUCUGAUGGAAUGGAAUGUUUGAUGAUUUCUUCCGUUAAUAGGCUGCAUGAGCCGUGCCUGAUUAAGGUAAAGGUACAAAACUGUUUGCUCGAAAUGGAAAUAGAUUCGGGAUCGGCUGUUUCUGUAAUCAGUGAAGCCAAUUGUAGGAGAUAUUUUAAAGGAAUCCCAAUGUGUAGCUCUAGUAGACAGCUUGUUGUUGUUGAUGGGGCUCGAUUGAAGAUUCUAGGGGAAAUUUAUGUUCAAGUAGAAUUGAAUGGCAGAGUAGCACAGCAAAAACUUGUCGUUUUAAAAUGCAGCAACAUUUUUGUUCCUUUGAUUGGAAGAUCAUGGCUUGACUGUUUCUUUCCUGGAUGGAGAUCUUGUUUCACGAAUACUGCUUUGGUGAAUAGUUUGAAUGAGAAAACAGGUAUUGAUGACAUAGUCGAAUGUAUGAAACAGAAGUACAGGAAAAUUUUUGACAAAGAUUUUUCAGAACCCAUCGUAGGCUACGAGGGCGAACUGGUCCUUAAACACGAGCAACCAAUUUUUAAAAAAGCAUAUACGGUACCUUACAAAUUGAAGGACAAACUGGCGCAACACUUGGAGAUGUUGGAACAGCAGAAGGUAAUCACACCCAUAAAGGCUAGCGAAUGGGCAUCGCCUGUAAUAGUGGUAGUAAAAAAGGAUCAAGAUAUACGGUUGGUAAUAGACUGUAAAGUAUCUAUCAAUAAAGCAAUAGUGCCUAAUACCUAUCCACUACCUUUAGCUCAGGAUAUAUUCGCUUCGUUGGCAGGCUGUAAGGUAUUUUGUUGCCUAGAUUUGGCGGGGGCAUAUACACAGGUUCCUCUUUCUGAGCGGUCCAAAAAGUUCACAGUCAUCAACACUAUGAAAGGAUUAUUUACUUAUAAUCGACUUCCGCAAGGAGCUUCAAGCUCUGCGGCAAUUUUUCAACAGAUUAUGGACCAGGUCCUGCGUGGACUGGAAGGUGUUAGUUGUUAUCUUGAUGACGUCCUUAUCGCGGCUGAAACUGUAGGAAAAUGUGUGAAUAUUUUAGACUCGGUUCUGGAGCGACUUUCUCAGGCAAAUAUCAAAGUGAAUUUCAAGAAAUGCAAAUUUUUCGUUACACAGCUGCCCUAUUUAGGACAUCUUGUUACAGACAAGGGACUUUCACCAUCUCCAAAAAAAAUUUCUACGAUUAGUCAAGCAAAAGCUCCUACAAAUGUUGCUGAACUCAGAGCCUUUCUGGGCUUGAUUAAUUUUUAUAAUAAGUUUGUUCCCAACCUAUCAUCUAGGUUAAGGAGUCUGUAUGCUCUGCUAGCCAAUAAUGCAAAUUUUGAUUGGACAGAUGAUUGUGAGGAAGCUUUUCAAUUCAGCAAAAAUGCAUUGUUGAAUGCAGAUUUAUUGGAAUUUUACGAUCCAAAUAAGCCGCUAAUUGUAGUCUCGGAUGCUAGUUCUUACGGAUUAGGUGGUGUUCUAGCCCAUGAAUGUAAUGAGAUAGAAAAACCCAUAUGCUUCACAUCGUUUUCACUAAACUCUGCACAAAAGCGUUACCCCAUCCUUCAUUUAGAAGCUUUAGCAUUAGUGUGUACGAUUAAGAAAUUCCACAAAUUUCUUUUUGGCCAAAAGUUUAAAGUAUACACCGAUCACAAACCUUUGGUAGGAAUAUUUGGUAAAUCUGGUAGCAAUUCGUUGUUUGUAACUAGACUCCAGAGGUACAUCAUGGAAUUAUCUAUCUACGACUUUGAAAUUGCUUAUAGAGCAUCGAAACACAUGGGUAACGCUGAUUUUUGUUCGCGUUUUCCAUUAAAGCAAACAGUUCCUAAGAGUCUAGAUAUUGGUAACAUAAACAGUUUGAAUUUCACGGACGCCUUUCCUUUGGAUUUUGCCUUGAUAUCUAGAGAAUCUGAAAAAGAUGUUUGUUUAGCAGAAGUGAUGCGGUUUGUUGGGAAUGAGUGGCCUGAAAAUAUUCCCAGUUUGUUUAAGGAUUUCUAUUCUAUAAGAACUGAUCUAGAGGUGGUCAAGGGUUGCCUUCUUUAUCAAGACAGGGUCAUCAUACCGAAAAUCUUGAGAACAGAUGUUGUGAAGCUUUUGCACGCGAACCACAUCGGUAUAGUUAAGAUGAAGCAAUUGGCGCGCCAAACAGUGUUUUGGUCGGGAAUGAAUAUGGACAUUGAAAACUUUGUGAAGAAAUGUGAGGCGUGUAUAAAAAUGGGUACAGUUCCAGUCAAACCUGAACAUAGCAAAUGGAUACCUACGUCUAGACCUUUUAGCCGUUUGCAUGCUGAUUUUUUUCAUUUUGAAGGUAAAACAUUCCUGUUAAUCGUAGACAGCUACUCAAAGUGGGUGGAAAUAGAGGUCAUGUUGCAUGGGACGGAAGCAAAACGAGUAAUUAAUUCACUUAUGACUCUUUUUGCUAGGUUCGGGCUUCCCGAUGUAAUGGUUACUGACGGGGGUCCACCCUUCAACUCGAGGGAGUUCGCAUCAUUUUUGGAAAAACACGGAGUGAAGGUGAUGAAGAGUCCACCGUACAAUCCAAGUAGCAACGGUCAAGCUGAACGCCUUGUGAGGGUUGUCAAAGAUGCUUUUAAAAAGUAUUUGUUGGAUCCUCAGUUGCGACAAUUAGAUUUGAACAGCAAAAUUAUUUUUUUCCUAAUCAAUUAUCGCGGUCAAAUUGCCACUGCAGAUGGAGGUCCGCCGUCACAUAAAGUUUUAUCUUACAAACCCAAAAUACUGCUUGAUUUGAUGAAUCCGAAAAAGGAAUACAAACAAUUUUUAGAUAACAGGAUUCAUACUGACAUUCCUAUCGUAUCUCCUUCUAAACCAGAUCCAUUUAGUAAAUUAGUCGCAGGAGAUCUACUUUACUACAAAAAUUAUAAGAAGACUGAUCCUCAAAGAUGGAUUGAGGUGAAAUUUGUUAAACAAAUAUCUAAGAACGUUUUUCAAAUUUCCCUCCACAGGACGACGAUCAUGGCACACCGAAAUCAAUUAAAACUGGCUCAUUCUCAGGUCCGAAGCUCGUUAGUGCUACUUCCGGAAGUCAAUCCGAGGAAACGCCGUCGGACAGAGUCAGGAGAUUUUCACGGCUAUACGGUAUCCGAGGCCGAAGAGGAGCCUUUCCUGGGUUUCCCAGAGGUGAUGAAUGAUCUGAACACAACCAGAACGAAACAACAGGAAACGAGCGAUAGCCUGAUCAUGACCAGGAGUCGCGCUCGAAAAGUUCGACGUAAAUUUGAGCAUUCUGAGUUUGAUGAUAAACAAGCGCGCAGCGCGUUCGAUUCUCAGUGAAUUUUAUGUGUAAAUAAUACAUUCGAAAAUGUAGUUAGUAAAUUUAAAAAGAAAAUUAGUUAAAGCUAUUCUCGGAUUAGAAUUUUGUCAUGUAUAUAGCAAGGUACUUGAGCAGGAAGGACUGUAGCGUACCGCAUACUUACCGGUGCUCCUAAUGCGCUCGGUAAAAUGAGCAAUCCCAUAAGCCGUUAUACGAAUUAACGAUGAAAUGUAUCGGAAGAUAAAUAAUAAAUUAGGGUCAUAACUAUUAGUGAUCUGGAAGCCAACACACGUAUAUUUAUUCUAUAAAUCUAUAUCAAACUCCGAAGUAUACCGUGAAGUGUGAAAACAUAAAAAUGACAACUCUACACGAGCUGAUGAUUGCGCCGCCAUUCUAUCCUGGAUUCCUCGAGUCGAGAAAGACGCACCACGCUAGAUAUGGGGUUCAGACUAGGGGGGCGUUGCUGAUUAAUGGUCAGCUGCAUCCCAAUAGGAAGUAUCCCGUGUCGGGCACACGUACAGAGCAUCGAAGACUGCGACAUACCAAUUAUGAGAACACUUGUAAUACUAAAUCCGAAAGCU